UUCAAGACCUGUAAUUCUGAAAAUGUUUUCCACUGUGAUUGAUAAUCAGAGAAAUGUGUUGAUACCCGAUUGGACAGAGGAUUCGGGGGGUGCCCUUAUAUAUCAUUGAGGAGGACCAUGUUCAGCAGAGGCUCCAUUUGAGCACUCCGUGAGAUUUCCUUAAACUAGCUUUAUGAAAGUGCACAUUCAGACUCAAGAGCCUUGCUGUUGUCACUGAACUGUUUAUGAAAAAGUAGUCGUAGACAAGGUCGUACUGUCUGUGAUCCUCAUGCAGAAUGUUUAAGCUCUCUAAUGAGUGCAGAGUACUGCGAUUCUGUGUCAUCUUGGCCUAAAGCAGGGUUCUCAGCCUGUGGGUCAUGACCCCUUUGGCAAACCUAGAGCUGUAUUAAAAGGUCACAGCUUUAAGGAGGUUGAGAGCCACUGGCCUAAAGUGAUACUCUUGUUGGCAGAUUCAGAUUGUAGUUUCUUUGCUUCUCUCCUUUUUUUGUUUGUUUGGUUGGUUGGUUUUUCAAGACAAGGUUUCUCUAUAGCCCUGACUGUCCUAGAACUCACUCUGUAGUUGCUGGCCUCGAACUCACAGAGAUCUGCCUGUCUCUGCCUCUCCAGUUCUGGGAUCGAAACCAGUUGCCACCACUGCCCAGCCCUGGUUUUUAUAUGUACUUCAGGGUUGCCAAAAUAUCUCAUAAGAUAAUCUCAUUAUAUAGUGAAUGUUUGGAGCAUUAGCGGUAUGGAUUGUCGCUGCUCCCUUCUUACUGUGAGAAAACCAGAACUCUCUGACAGACUGACUCACUCACUCACUUAUUUAUUUGCUUAUUACAUUGAGACAGUGUCUCACUUUGCAGCCUUGGUCUGGAACUCACUAUGUAAACCCAGAGUGCAAAGCGAUUUGCCUACCUCUUCCUCCUGCAUGGGAUUUAAGAUGUGUUCCACCACACCCGGUAUUUGAAACUGCUUUGACAUUAAAUUCAUCCAUAGAUUCUGCCUCCCAAGUUCUGCCUCUUUGCUCUAGAGAAUUGUGGAGCUAGAGCAUUGAUCCUAGAUCCUUAGCUCACCAGAGCUUAUUAGAAUACAGUCCGGCCAGGCAGUGGUGGUGCACACCUUUAAUCUCAGCACUGGAGAGGCAGAGGCAGGCAGAUCUCUGUGAGUUCGAGGCCAGCCUGGUCUACAAAGUGAGUUCCAGGUCAGGCUCCAAAGCUACACAGAGAAACCCUGUCUCAAAAAAACAAAAACAAACAAACAAACAAACAAAAAAGAAUACAGUUCAAUAAGACCUAACUGUGGAAAAGAUUGAUCCAGUGUCUCUGUUUUAUCGAGGUCUACCAUUUUGGCAUUUAGAAGCACAGUUUUGCUUAUCACAAGUUUACUGUCUAAGAUGCCUACACUGUGAUUCUAUGUUAAAUGAACACAGCCUUGAUAAAAAGGGUCUGUUGACAUUCCGGGAUGUGGCUGUGGACAUCUCCCAGGAGGAGUGGGAAUACCUGGAUUCUGCUCAGAGGGCUUUGUACAUUGAUGUGAUGCUGGAGAAUUACAGCAACCUGAUCUCUGUGGGUAUUAUUGCAUGCAAGGCAGACCUGGUUCCCUGUCUGGAGCAAAUCCAAGUGCCCUGGAAUGUGAAGAGAGAGGAGAUGGUGGCCAGACCAGAGUACCAACAGAUGUGUGGCGAAUCUGAGAAGGUCUUUGAUCAAAACUCAAAGUGUAUUGCCUAUGAGCAUGUGGCUGUUCAACAGAAGUUGUGCGAAUCCCCCAAAUGGACACUGUACAAAACAAAUAAUACUACAGAAAACUGCUACAAAAACAGAUGGAUACAAAAUCACAGGGGUGACUAUACUGAAUCAAUACACUGCAGUAGACAUGAAAGCAUGCACACUGGAGAAGAACUUUGCAAAUAUAAAGAUGUUGGCAAAUCUUUAAGUUUAUUUUCAAACAUAAGUCAGAGUCAUGGAAUCUUCAUAGGAAAGAAAGAGUAUAAAUAUAACAAAUGUGAUCAGUCUCUUGGCUUUACCUCCAAGCUUGUACAGGUAAGAAUUCAUAAUGGAGAAAAGCCACACUACUUCAGGGAAUGUGGGAAAUCCUUCAGGACCUGCUCAAGCCUCAGUACACAUCAGAGAACUUGUACUGGAAAGAAACUAUGGAAAUGCACAGAAUGUGACAAGUCCUUUAAGUGGUUAUGCGACCUUAAAACCCAUUACAGAAUUCAUCCUGGUGAGAAACCUUUCAAAUGUAAGAAAUGUGACAAAUCUUUUACCUACUGCUCAUCUCUUAAAGAACAUCAGAACAUCCAUGAGGGAAAACUUUACAAAUGUCAGGAAUGUGACAAAUCCUUUACCUACUGCUCAUCUCUUAGAGAACAUCAGAACAUCCAUGAGGGAAAACUUUACAAAUGUUGGAGAUGUAACAAAUCCUUUACCCGGUGCUCAUCUCUUAGAGCACAUGAGAAAAUUCAUACUGGUGAAAAACCUUUCAAAUGUAAGGAAUGUAGUAGAUCCUUUUAUAUGCUGUCCCAACUUAGAAAACAUGACAGAACCCAUACCGGAGAGAAACCUUACAAAUGUAAGGAAUGUGACAAAUCUUUUACCUACUGCUCAUCUCUUAGAGAACAUCAGAAUAUGCAUGCGGGAAAACUUUAUAAAUGUCAGGAAUGUGACAAAUCCUUUACCCGGUGCUCAUCUCUUAGAACACAUGAGAAAAUUCAUACUGGAGAAAAACCUUACAAAUGUAAGGAAUGUGGUAAGUCUUUUUAUAUAUUGUCCCAACUUAAAAAACAUGACAGAACCCAUACCGGAGAGAAACCUUACAAAUGUAAGGAAUGUGACAAAUCCUUUACCCAGUGUUCAACCCUUAGAAUACAUCAGAAAAUUCAUGCUGGAGAGAAACCCUACAAAUGUGAAGAGUGUGGUAAGUGCUUUUGUAAGUUGUCAUACCUUAAAGUCCAUUAUAGAACCCAUACUGGAGAGAAACCUUACCAAUGUAAAAUAUGUGGUAAGGGCUUUUCUCAGUUGUCCUGUCUUAAAAGCCAUGACAGAAUCCAUACUGGAGAGAAACCUUACAAAUGUAGUCAAUGUGACAGAUCCUUUACGCACUGCUCAACUUGUAGGAGACAUCAAAGCAUUCAUGCUGCAAAACUUUAUAAAUGUGAGGAAUGUGACAAAUCCUUCGCUAAACAUUCUUCUCUUAAAACACAUCAGAAAACCCAUGCAGGAGAGAAACCUCACGGUUGUAAAGAAUGUGGUAAGGCCUUCUAUCAACUAUCACACCUUAAAGUCCAUUACAGAAUCCACACUGGAGAGAAACCUUACAAAUGUUAUGAAUGUGACAAAUCCUUUACCAAAUCUUCAUCUCUUAGAACACAUCAGAAAAUCCAUGCAGGAGAGAAACCUCAUGGUUGUAAAGAAUGUGGUAAAGCCUUCUAUCACUUAUCACACCUUAACAUCCAUUACAGAAUUCAUACAGGAGAGAAACCUUACAAAUGUAGUGAAUGUGACAAAUCCUUUACCACGUUGGCAAACCUUAAAAGACAUCAGAAAAUUCAUACUGGAGAAAAAACUUUCCAUAGUAAAUAAUGUGGUAUAUGCUUUUUCAGAGCUCUGCCCAUAGGGACCAAAGCAGUCACCACACUAGAGAAUCAUUAUGAACUUGAGAAACUUGUGAAAGCCUUGAAGGAAUUGUUGAAUCUUACAAAACAUCAAGAGUUUAUAGUGAGGAAAAAUUCUGAAUAUGUGGCCAUAUGGGAAGCCCUUAAUUAAAACAUUUUACUUUAUCAACCUCAAAACUUUCAUAGUGAAGACAAUCUAUGUUAAUCUAAAGAAUGUCACCAAGCCUUUAAUUAUUUCCUGAAAUGUUGUACAGCAUUUAUAUUAGAGAGAAAUCGGAUAAAUGUUUACCAUUGUGCUCUAUUCAUGCCUCAUUGCACAUUAAAAAUUCCACUGUUGGGAACCAGAAGAAAUUCACUGAAUUUGUCAAUGUCUUUACCUAUUGCUAAACAGUAGACACCUGAAAAUUCUUCCUGAAGGAAAAUCCAAGAAAAUGCUUUCAGAAGACUUUUUUCCCCGUCUUCAAAACAUGCAUUGUAGAGUGAAAACCUAUCAAUAGCAAGAUGGUGAGAACUUUACACGGAUGAUCUUGUGACUGUGACAAUGUAUAUGCUCAUGCACAGCUAGAAAAUCCCUAAGGGUAUGCAGGAAAAUUAUUUUUCAGUUCUCUAGAAAGUUGGGGAAGUAUUUAGUGAAAAUGCAGAGCAUAGUUGUUGGAAUUCUGUCCACUCCUGCAGCUAUGUGACUGCACAUGUGCAGUUCAGCAGCCAAGUAAGGGGCCUUAUGUCCUACGUAAUCCAUAGCGUAGCUCUGUAAACCCAUGUGCACAUGUGCAGGGGAAUCUGUAAGAAGUGGAUCACAGUCCCCCCCCCCCCUUCCUCUUCUCCUCCUCCUCCCAACUCUCUGCACAUGUCUUCCACAGGCCCGGUCACUCUCUUCUGUCCCUCCCCUCUCCUAAUAAAACUCUGCUCUGAUAAUGGGUUUUGUUAUGCCUCUUGACCUUUCUCGCACUGGUAACAACACAGCACAUUAAAACCAACAGUAGUAAUAAUAAAAGAUUCAUAUACAAAUACUAAGACACAAGCCAGUGUAUUACAAAGAAGAAAACUAAAUAUAUACAAAAUCGUCACAUAUUUCAGUGGAAUAGGAUUUUUUGAUUUGAGUAAAGAAAACGAUCUUGGGAAACAUUUUUAUAUUGUAAGUAUUGAAAUUGACUGACAUAAGUACCGUUGGUUAGAUUACACUGAAAAGCAUCAAAUAAUUUGUAUCAAUUGUUGCAUCAAAGCUGAGGGACCCAAGACAAGAGUCAGGGAAGUUAGGUAGAGAACGGCUACUAAUCAUCAGGGGACACCAUUGGUUAAGCCGCGUUGCUUGUGGCUGGGGCGGCCAUGCCGAUGGAGGAGAGUGCUGGAUAUAUCGUCGCAGAAGAGCGGAAGAAUCAGUGUGCCAUAGUUACCUUUCUAGAGCUUUAUUGAGAGACGGAGAGAGAAAGAAAGGACCUGCGGAGGGGAAUACGGAAGGAGAGAGUGCGGAAAAGGAGAGAACGUACAGAGGGCACACCCGCUUUUUGGUGCACACCUUUAAUCCCAGCACUGGGGAGGCAGAGGCAGGUGGAUCUCUGAGUUUGAGGCCAGCCUGGUCUACAGAGUGAGUUCCAGGACAGCCAAGGCUACAAAGAGAAACCCUGUCUCAAAGAGGAAAAAAAAAAAAGGACCUAUCAUUAGAUACUGGGUUUAUUGGUUUGUGUAGUGGUUUGCACCUUACUACCUGGAAGAGAAGGCAGUUGAGAAGGGGGAAAUGCCUCAAACACAAUAGGUUUUUGUCCUUAGUAACCACACCACAAAGGCUUACUCUUGUCAACUGGAGCAUAGGCAUUUGAAAAGCAAAAGCCUCCAGCCACUAAAUCCCACUUGUUUGCUGGCUCUCCCCCACUUUAUGGUUUUAGCGUAUAAAAAGAAUACAAACUGAAGUCUUUCAGGAACUAUACUGUCUUCAGUCCACUGGUGAAUAAAUCUCUCUUCCAUUCAGUGCUGUUGAAGUACUCACAGCAGAAAAAUCCCUUCAACUCUAUCACUUUUACCAAGAAUGAUUAAUGUCCCAAGAAAAAGUUAUUACUGUGCCAUAGCGGCAGAUGAACAGUAGGAAUGCACUUAUGAGUGAGGUGGGCCUCCUCUCCCCAAAGAAAACUGCUUUCCUCGAUAUUUGCUUUUUUGUUUUGUUUUUGUCUUUAUUUUAUUUUAUUUUAUUUUUUUUUUUUUUGAGGUAGUUUCUCUGUAUAGUCCUGUCCUGGAACUCUGUAGACCAGGCUGGCCUUGAACUCAGAGAUCCGACUGCCUCUGCCUCCUGAGUACUGGGAUUAAAGGCGUGCGCCACUGACACUUGGCAUGUCCUAAAUAUUUACAAGAAAACAUUUAUGAUCUGGAUGUGGAUUUUGGCCCACUUUUAAUUCCAACACUAGCUAGAAGAAGGCAGAACUCUGAAUUGAGGCCAGCCAGGCCUAUGUAGUGAGACCUCAUUCAAAAUAACACAAACAUUUUACUAAUUGUUGAAAAUUCUUGGCAAAGCUGUAGAAUUAGCAAUUAGUAUCUUUAUAUAAUAAUAACAAUGGCUGGAUGUCUUCAAUAAGAUCUAUGUGGAGAAAAUAAAUACAGAUAUCAGCAGAAAGUCAAAACUAUUCUUAGAAAACUUGUGUUGUACAAUGUGUACUAACAAGACUUACAUUUUUGUCUGUUCUUUGUAAAUGCUGAGUGAUUACUCUGUUUUCCGUCUUAGUAACAUUCUUCCAAUUCCUGUAAGCUGCAUUUGUGUUAUAAAAUCACAAUCAGGUAUGUUUUUCAAACUCUGUAAGUGAAUUUCUUAAUAAAGAAAACAGUUGCUUU